UAAUCGCCUUUGCUGCAACUAAACAAGGUCGUCUUCACUUCCGAAUAGUUGCCGGCGCCAUCUGAGCACAACAAGAUGGUGGAUCCGGCGAGUUCAUUUCUCGGGAAAAUGUUGUUGGAAGAGAUCACUCCGGUGGUUAUGGUUCUUCGAACUCCCCUCGUUGAAGAAGCCUGUCUCAAGAACGGACUCACCUUCGUUCAGAUGCUGCAACCCUUUUGUGUCUUCAACAACAUUGAUGUACCUGUACGGACGGUGAGCGACCAGCCCUACAGGUUGCACAAGUUCAAGUUGCGAUUGUUUUAUGCUUCCGACAUAAAGCAGCCGAAUAUGGAGGCUGCGGAAGAGCAUUUAAAACAGGUGGUUACUCAUGCUGCUGAGAAAGGUCUUUCUGAUUUGCACACAGAUCCACCUCAACUUGAUGAUUUACUUGCUAUGAAUUCUGAAUUGCUGCCAUUGUGGUUUAAAAUCUUCAACAAGGAGCUUAUACAGACCUUAUCUUUCUCAGAGCAGGAAGCCUUUGACCAUCCUGUGGCUUGUCUUUUGGUUGUUUCUUCUAAAGAUGAACAACCUAUCAACAAAUUUGUUGACUUAUUUAACACCAAUCAGUUGCCCUCCCUUCUCAAUGAUGGUGUGAUGGAUCCAAAGAUUCUGAAGCAUUACUUGUUAAUUCAUGAUAAUCAAGAUGACAGUUCAGAGAAGGCGACUAAUGUUCUUACAGAAAUGAGAAGUACUUUUGGCAUCAAUGACUCUAGAUUGUUGUGCAUUAACUCUGCCAAAGAUGGAUCGGAAGAACGAAUAGGUAGCCUGUGGACUCCUUAUAAAACUGAUGCUUCUCCUAGUCAAGAUCUUGGUUGUUUGCUUAAUGUCAAUGAUGUUAGUGAGAUAAAGGACCUCAUGCAAGAUCUAUCUUCCAAACAUAUAAUUCCUCAUAUGGAACAGAAAAUACGAGUUCUCAAUCAACAGGUUUCUGCAACACGUAAAGGCUUUAGAAAUCAAAUUAGGAAUUUGUGGUGGAGAAAAGGAAAAGAGGAAGCUCCUGAUGCCCACAAUGGCCCCAUGUACACGUUUAGCUCCAUUGAAUCUCAAAUAAGAGUUUUGGGCGACUAUGCUUUCAUGUUGCGAGAUUAUGAACUUGCUUUGUCAAAUUAUCGAUUGCUUUCAACAGACUACAAAAUUGACAAAGCCUGGAAACGCUAUGCUGGUGUUCAGGAAUUGAUGGGACUUACCUACUUUAUGCUGGAUCAAUCAAGGAAGGAAGCAGAGAAUUGCAUGGAAAAUGCUUUUAGUACCUAUUUGAAAAUUGGGUCAAUUGGUCAGAGAAAUGCUACGAGGUGUGGGCUUUGGUGGGUUGAAAUGCUUAAGGCCAAGGACCAGUAUAAAGAAGCUGCUGGUGUCUAUUUCCGAAUUUCCAAUGAGGAACCUUCUUUACAUGCCGCAGUAAUGCUUGAGCAGGCAUCUUACUGCUACUUGUUUUCCAGUCCUCCGAUGUUGCGUAAAUUUGGGUUUCAUCUUGUUCUAGCGGGUAACCGUUACUAUUUAUCUGACCAGAGAAAACAUGCAAUUCGAACAUACAGAAGUGCUCUCUCUGUUUACAAGGGAAAUUCAUGGAGCUUCAUCAAAGAUCAUGUUCAUUUUCAUAUUGGGAAGUGGUAUGCUUUCCUUGGGAUAUUUGAUGUGGCGGUCAAGCAUAUGUUGGAAAUCCUGGCAUGUAGUCAUCAGUCUGUCUUGACACAAGAGUUAUUCCUGAGGGACUUUUUUCAAAUUGUUGAGAAAAUGGGAAAGACAUUUGAGGUGUUCAGACUUCAGUUGCCCGUUAUCAACAUGUCCUCAUUGAAGGUUGUAUUUGAAGAUCAUCGGACUUAUGCAUCAAUUGCAGCUGUUAAUGUCAGAGAAAGCUUGUGGCAGUCUUUGGAAGAAGAUAUGGUCCCUUCAUUACCUAUUUCUAGGACGAAUUGGUUGGACUCACAGCCAAAGUAUUCUUCAAGAAAUUAUAAAGAUUCUAAUGUCUGUGUAGUGGGAGAAGGAAUUAAAAUGGAUAUUGAAUUCAAAAACCCUCUUCAAAUCCCUAUUUCCGUUUCUGGUGUUUCACUUAUAUGCCGGCUCUCUGCAAGAUCUGAAAUGGUGGAAGCUGCAGAGUUAGUUGAGAAAGAUGCACAGGCACAUCCAUAUGAAUCAGCUAGUGGCCAAAAUAAUGAUGCAGAGGAACUUAGAAAAUUGACCAGCAAUUGGGAGCUGAACUCUGGUGUUUCUCCUUUUACUUUGUCAGAAGUUGAUUUUUCCCUGCGAGGAGGUGAGACCACUGUGGUACAGCUUACUGUCAAUCCCAAAGUGGAAGGUGUCUUGAAAGUAAUUGGUGUGAGGUGGAAGCUGUCAGACUCUGUAGUUAGUUACUUUAACUUUGAUUGUGAUCAUGUAAAGAAAAAAAAUGUUAGAGGACGAAAGAAACCUAUGCAAUCUUCAAGCAAGAACCUAAAUUUUGUUGUGAUCAAGAGUUUACCGAAGCUCGAGGGCUGCAUUUGUCACCUACCUGGAAAAAUUUAUGCAGGUGAUACACGGCGUCUUGUUUUAGAAUUGAAAAACCAAUCAGACUUAUCUGUUAAGAAUAUGAAGAUGAAGAUCAGUCAUCCAAGAUUUGUAAUUCCUGGGAAUCUGGAAGACUUGAACAUAGACUUUCCAUCAUGUUUAGAAAAGAAUUCAAAUAGUGAACAUAAUGGUGUCCAGCCUAACAGUUCUAAACAGCCUAACAGCUUCUUAUUUUCAUUUCCAGAGGAUACAGCAAUUCAAGGGGGAACAACUUUCUUCUGGCCUUUUUGGCUUCGAGCUGCUGUUCCUGGACGGAUUUCCUUGUACUUGUCAAUAUAUUACGAAAUGAAAAAAUUGUCAAGUGAAAUGAGAUAUCGUAUUUUACGCAUGCAUUAUGAUUUGGAGGUACUACCAUCAUUGGAUUUGUCAUUCCAAAUCAGCCCAUGUCCAUCAAACUUGCAAGAGUUCCUUGUGCGCAUGGAUGUUGUCAACAGGACCAGUCAAGAGAGUUUCCAGCUUCAUCAGUUGUCAUCUGUUGGAUACCAUUGGGAGAUUUCACCACUGCAGCCUGGUGGAGUCAUUUGUCCCUUGCAACUGCUAAUUGCUGGUCAAGCAUUAUCUUGUUUCUUUAAGCUUAAGAAUUGUAGGAAAUCAUCAUCUUUUGAAGGCUCCGCCUCUUCUCAUAGUCUUCUCCAAGGACGUGAUGUAAGAUUGGGUCCUCAAGGCAGCAACAAAGCAUUGUUUAAUGUAUUCAGUUCACCUUUGGCAGAUUUCCACCAUUAUGAACGAUUGCACCAGAUAACGUCAAUUCAGGGACUGCAAGGUACUGUUGAUUUUAUCUUGAUCUCUCAGCUGCCCGAAAAUCAAGCAGAUCAUGUGCCAGGAGGCCAGUCGGAUCUCCUGCAACUAUUCUCUCAUCAUUCAUGUCACUGCAGUAUUGCAAGCACGAGCCCUGUGUGGUGGCUAAUGAAUGGGCCACGGACCGUACAUCACAACUUCUCUGUUUCUUUCUGUGAAAUUAGACUGUGUGUGACCAUUCACAACUCAUCAGAGGAAGCUGUUUCUAUUCGGAUAAGCACUGUAGACAUCACAUCCAGUGAUGGCCAAUUAAGUGAUGUAGCUGCAGCAGCUCAGUAUCCAAUGUCUUCGGAAAAUCAAGCAGGAUGGCAUGAUGUAUCUCUAGGCAAAGACAUUAAAGUCACUUCUGAUGUCCUUGGGACCCAAUCUGGCAAGGGAGUGUCAUCUGAUGUGAUGGCUCCCUUUGUUUGGGCUGCUUCAAGUUCUACCCGAGUUGAACUUGGGCCUAUCUCUACCAUUGAAGUGCCUCUCAAGGUCUGUGUGUUUGCUCCUGGAACAUAUAACCUUUCAAACUACUCAGUGCACUGGGAAGUUAAGCUUUCAGGUGAUCCAGUAUUUGCUGGAGACGGGACAAGACAACUCUCCGGGAGGAGUCCGGGUCAUCCAUAUUAUAUUACUGCGCUGCAGUCUCCUUAAGAACUGUAUCACUUUAAAGGCUAUACUCUAUCCAUCUCCUGUGAAAUUAAUUAAAUGCAAGCUUCUACUGUCC